UUUUUUUUUUUUUUCAACACGGAGCGGUUUUCCUCCGACGUAAACUGUCUCUUAACCAGUCGGGGCAAUAUAUUUGCAGAGGGAAGAAGAAGAAGAAGAAGAAGACACCGGGAGUUGUUGCCGUUGUGGUGCCAGUUGCACGCAACCUACCAUGCUGUGAAUCUGUAGCUUUUUUUUUGUAUUUGCAAUAUGAAGAAUGGAAGAAGACGAUGUUACUAUCAGAGAGCAGAAUUUCCACAGCCAAGUUCGAGAGUACAUCAUUUGCUUCCUCCUGUUUGCAGUCCUCUACAUUGUGUCCUACUUCAUCAUCACUAGAUACAAGAGGAAGAGCGACGACCACGAGGAUGAAGAUGCUGUUGUCAAUAGAAUAUCAUUGUACUUGUGCACCUUCACCCUGGCAGUGUCGGGUGGUGCCGUCUUCCUGCUGCCUUUCUCGAUUAUCAGUAACGAGAUCCUCCUCUCGUUCCCCAAAAACUAUUACAUUCAGUGGCUCAAUGGCUCCCUCAUCCACGGUCUGUGGAACCUGGUGUCACUGUUCUCCAACCUCUGCCUCUUCGUCCUGAUGCCCUUUGCCUAUUUCUUCCUGGAGUCUGAGGGAUUCGCGGGAUCUAAAAAGGGCAUUAAGGCGCGUAUUCUAGAGACCUUUGUGAUGCUCUUCCUGCUGGCUUUGCUCAUCCUGGGCAUCGUGUGGGUGGCAUCAGCGCUCACUGACAAUGAUGCAGCCAGUAUGGAAUCGCUCUACGAUCUUUGGGAGUUUUACCUACCAUACCUCUACUCCUGUAUAUCUCUGAUGGGAGGACUGCUUUUACUCAUGUGCACUCCUGUGGGAUUGUCCAGGAUGUUCACCAUCAUGGGCCAGUUACUAGUGAAGCCAACAAUCCUGGAGGACCUGGAUGAGCAGAUUUACUGCAUCCAUUUGCAGGAGGAAGCCCUUCAGAGGAGAUUAAACGGAUCGUCCUCACACACUUAUUUCCGAGGAAGCUCUACUCAGCAGCUCAACAAAGAACUGGACAAUAUUAGAAAUCAGAGGAAUAAAUUGGAGAGAAGAAAGAAAGCGUCGGGUUGGGAGAAGAACUUGUUGUAUCCCAUAGUGAUGCUGAUCCUGCUCGCAGGAACGACAAUCUCAGUUCUUAUGGUGGCAUUUAAUAUCCUGUACCUGCUAGUGGAUGAGACUGCCAUGCCCAAGGGAUCCACGGACCGAGGCAUUGGGAACACCUCUCUGUCCACGUUUGGCUUGGCUCAGGCGGUGCUGGAGAUCAUCCUCAUGUUCUACUUGAUGGUGUCCUCUGUCGUUGGCUUCUACAGCCUGCGAGUCUUUGAGGGACUCACUCCUAGGAACGAUGACACAACCAUGACAACGAUCAUUGGUUGCUGCGUCUCCAUUUUGGUCCUGAGUUCAGCCCUGCCGGUGAUGUCCAGAACUCUCGGUAUCACCAGGUUUGAUCUCCUGGGAGACUUCGGGAGAUUUAAUUGGCUGGGAAACUUUUACAUUGUUCUUUCGUACAACCUGCUGUUUGCGGUCGUGACAACACUCUGUCUCGUGAGAAAAUUCACCUCGGCAGUACGGGAAGAGCUUCUAAAGGCCUUGGGUCUGGAUAAAUUGCAACUGUCAAACAGCCCCACGGACCCUGAAUCUGGAAAGCUCUCGGCCAACGGGCAUCAGAAAACUCUGUGAAAGGGACGAUAGAUCAACACACACACACACACACCUUAGCACAGCCAAAGGGAGAUUUCGACAGUACUGCCUGACUACUGAAAGGUAAAAGGGAUUGGAAGGAACUUAAUAAACCCGGGCAGUGUCUGGCGGAUGCUGCAAAUGGAGGCUGAGAGCAAUUUAGCUUUGUGACAUUCCAUCCUCUGCGUCUCGGAUGGAAGCCGGGACAGAGCCAGGGAUGAGACCGAGGAGUGAAAUAGACUGGCAUCACUGCAGUGACUUUAAACCAGCCAUCUAUUGCUUCAGGGCGUUCCACCUCCCCAGCACUGCUCCCUGUUUUCCUUCUACAACCUCCUCGCCACUGCACUAGACAAAAGCAAGACGAUGAAGCAGGUCAAACAAUGUCUUACAUCCAACUAAAGGGCAACGGGUUCCUCCUCUGAACCCAGUUUAGGAAAUAAACCCCCGCAAUCCAAUUAGUCAUUUUUGUAUGUCAGUAUGUACAUGGUAAUUGGUGUCUCUAAUCAUUGGUCUUAUGUGAACUGAUGCAGGCAUGGUAAGGUGUCGAUUUAUCCUCUCUUUUUAUUUGUUUAAGCUGAAAAUAUCAAAAUGUGCUUUGUGAAGCAUGAAAGAAGUCACUUAUUCACGCAUCACAUCCAAUACAUUAAAACUGCACGGCAUCAAUACAACUCACAUUAUAUGCAUUGGCACCGUCACUACCGACGGGCCUCAUUAGUCUCUUUAUUGGCUUUACUGAAGUGCGCUUUAACUUUAUUGAUGAUGUCAUUAGUUCGUAUGAAGUAGGGUAAGAACUUUAUUUAGGUGCUCUAGAUUAGACUCGAGCUACUCUACAAAUGGGAAAUUAUACGGGAGCUGCAUCCACUUCGGUGCCAAAGAGCAGAAUGCUUCGGUGCAUUCGGAGCUGAGUCUGGUUGUAUUUCAGAGAAUUUUAUUAUGCACAUUUCCCCCCCCCCAAAAAAAAAAAUUUCAAAUCACAGGGCACACAACAAUUUGUCAAAUAGUUUGUCAUUUUUGUAAAUGUUGUAUUUACAUGUACAUAUUAUAUUUCAUACCUCUUUUGCAUUAUUUGGAUGUAAAUAUUAGGCUCCUGACUCACUAAGCAAUCUGUAUUUUGUUGUACAUAUAUUUUUUUUAUUUUUAUGAACACCUAAAUCUAAUGCAAGCCUGUAACAGUCUUCGCAUACAGAAUGCAUGAGUGGAAAUGUGCAACUUUGCAGCCGGUAGAAAGACUUGGUGACUCAGGCUCAAUUUACAUGUAGUUGUAUUGCUGCAUACUGUUCUGAACUGUGACGUUCUUUGUCUCCAGAACCACCUUAAAUGCCUUAUACGACAAGCAUCUCGCAGGCUUCAUGUUAAGGUUGUUUCUUGUUGUUUAAUGUACACGUACGCAUGUGUACAAGUACAUCGUUUGUCUCGAGACAGUUCCACUGUGAGCCACAGAGUUCGUAGUCUCAAGCCAGCUGGAUAUAAUGUACACAUUGCUUUUGGCCAGGAAUGUUUU